GGAAACAAAAAUGAAAACAGCAAGCGCUGGUAAAGAAUUCACACGCUCUCAGCGUCCACUGCGAUUGACCUCGACCACACCAACAACAUUCCCAUGCCCACACGGCAGUGUGUGGGCAUGGAAGAUUGUCGGAAGGAUCAAGCAAAGUCACAGUGUCAGUCGACGCGAGACAAAGCAGAUGACCAACAUGACUACCUCACAACACACACACACGCUCAAACCCCUCGCGCAGCCUGUCUGCCUGGCAUCCACGGCUGUCGCAUGCAAUGCAUUCAUGCAGAUGAUGGACACUCUUGCGCACACGACAUCUGUGCAAGCAAGACUGCCGAUUAUGUGCACGUCGAACAUGUGAGGGCCGAGUCAGCCAUGGCAAACCGCUACCGAACUCACAGCAAACAUUACACUACACAGCCCCCCUUGUCCACCCACCCCGGUGUCUAUCUGUCUGUACGCGUCCGUACGCAUGUGGUGGUGUCAUGAUCUCGAGGCCCCGGAGAUAACGGACCACAGUAUGGUGAAGCCGAAGGCCGUGUAGAGGCAGUAGCGGGCCCACUUGUACCUCUGCGACCCCUGCUGGGCGUCCAUGUUGACACAGAAGGCGAUGCAGCCGAUGAUGGGGAAGAAUAUCGACAGAAUGCACGAUAUCUGCAGCGACACACCCAUACACGUCACCACGCAUUAUGUGUUGGUGUGUGGAAGUAGGUGACUGGCUAUGAUUGUGCCGAUCUAUCUCACUCACCCUCGCACAGCUGAGCUUCCAGCUCAUGUCGUCGUCGUAUACCUGCUCCUGCUGCAUCUGUGGCAGGCCGCCUUGCACCUCCUGCACCCCAAUCACAUGUGCACCGCCCCACCCCUGAGGCGACCCGCCCCACGGCGGCUGCACAUACUGCGGCCGAUAAGGUCCCGCGCCGCCCCCUUGGUUGUCCUGCCACAUUUGCGCAUACGUCGGUCCACCGCCUUGCGGCUUCUCGCCUGCGUCCGUCGCCACUGGCUGGCCGACAACAUACGGCAAUGGUUGAGUGACUCCUGGUGUUGACGGCACGGUGGACGAUUGGUCGUAUGGCGGUACGGGGCUAGGUGUGUACUGCGGGUUGACGGGGGAGCUGUGGUCUUCGCCAGAGAUGUGAUAAAUCGCUUGUGAGGCAGCGGGGCCGGGGGAUGGUGAAGUGCCGUUCGUCGCUGGCCAGUUGACGGGCGGUGGCUGGCCUGUGGAUGUGUAGGCUGGCGGUGAGGCGCCGGCAGUGCUGUACACGGGAUGAGGCUGGCUGGGCGGAGGGUCAACAGAGGGAUAUGAUGACAUAACGGCGGCUGCUGAUGGCAGAUCUUGAUUGGUUCUAAGUCUCAAUGAUUAUCGGGAAUUGAACAGCAGCAGCUAAGGG